AUGCGGCUGACUCAGCGGCCGGCCCCACGAAGCUUCGGCGGCGCUCUGGCGGGCUACGUGCCCAGUGCGACGCUGCGCGUGGGCGUGGUGCGGCCGGCGCGACCAGGGGCUUAUCCGGCGUGCCGUGGAGACAGAACCACGCCGUCGUACGUGCUGUGUGAACGGUCCGUGUACCUCACGGAGUACUCGAUGGUGGUGGCCGGCGCGGGCGCCUACUGCCUGGACGCGCGCAGGUGGCUGGUGUGCGUGUCGCAGAGCCCGAGGGGCUCGCGGCCGGCGCGUCGGCGGACGCGCACGCCCGCGCCGGGCCCGGUGGCGUCCCGCGCCGUGCGACGGGCGACUUCGUGCAGGCGGGCGCGCUGCGGCCGGGACGCCGACUGCAGAAGACGGGUCGUGGUGCUGGCGGCCGCCGGGCCGUCCGCGCUCUUCCGGGCGACUUUCUCGUGGAGCGGAUGCUGGUGGUGCCGCAACGGGUCGCCGCUGGUGGGCGUGGACGCGCCGCCCGGCGCGUUCGCGUGCCACGCGCGCAUCCUGGCCGGCGCCGCCGCGGUGCGCCCCGUCGCCGACCCCGACGCCGACGACGUGCGCUUCACGCUCUACCCGGUGGGGCUGAUGCUGUCCGUGUUCUUCCUGGCCGCGACGCUGGCCGCCGGCUGCCUGCUGCCCGGCGCGCACCACGCGUUGCACUGGCGCUGCCAGACGGCGCACGUGGCCUGCCUCAUGGUGGGCGACCUGCUGCUCGCCGUCACGCAGAUGGCCGGCACGGGCGUGCCGCCGGAGCUCUGUCAUGCUACGGGUAAAUUGUUCGUGAGCUAUCCUCUAUUAGCAAAAGUAUCAGAACGUAUGGGAAUAAAUUAUGUGAAGUCGAUAAGUAUAUUCUACGAUUAUGAAGUAGACUACCUGUGGAUGGAGGGCUUAGUGGGCGAUGGCCAGCUGGUGGCGAGCAACUCGGUGGGCAUAGGACAGUCUCCUGGACGACAGACGCUGGCAGCGAUGGAGGUAGUGUAG